CGUGAGUCAGAGCGUGUCACGUGGUGCCGGAAAUAAAGUGCGCAGCUGUUGAUCGAGGUGAUCACAGUAAAAACAAACAUUCACAUUAAUAACACGCACAAAACUCCUUUAUUACAACUGAAAUCGAGUUACGCUGAACUUCACAGCUGCUUUAAUUAAAGAUUCAUCAGUGGGUUAAAGAUGGCGCUGAACCGAAACCAUCAUCCGAACGGAGGAGUUCUGAUCCAGGCCGGAGAGAGCAUCUUACGAGAAUGUAAGAAUGUUGAACUUACCUUCAGUGAUGUCACGCCCAAGACUGACCUGUUCAAGGGGACGAAGAAGGGCUCCGUCUACCUCACUCAAUACAGGAUGGUGUUUGUGUGCAGUAAUAUGAAGGAGAAGUUCUGCUCCUUCAUGUUUCCAUACUACCUGAUGAAGAACUGCAGUAUUGAACAGCCGGUUUUUGCUGCCAACUACAUUCAGGGUUUGAUCAAAGCCGAGGCAGGAGGUGGCUGGGAGGGGCAGACAAACUUCAAGAUGUCUUUCCCCAGUGGAGGCGCUAUAGAGGUCGGACAACACCUCUUCAAACUGGCCACUAACGCGUCUCGGGCUCCAGCGGUUCACAAUGGCACCGCAGCGUUUGGAUUGGCUGCAGGAAUGAAUGGAUAUGCCAGUCCAGCGAUGCCACAGGCUUACCCAUAUCCCAGCAUGCCACAGGCUGGGUACAACCCUUAUCCAUACACCCCCACUGCUGCGCCAGGUGUGUAUCCCAGCGCUCCCAUGUACAUGGCUCCUCCUCCUCCAUAUCCCGGACCACCACAGAACUGGUGCCCUCCUCCAGGAAACACAAAGGCAGCAGAAGCGGCCAGCAGCGCUUUUUACAACCCCAGUAACCCUCACAGUGUCUACAUGCCCAUGGAUCAGCCGCCUCCAUAUUACCCUCCGGAGAAUCCCGACAAGAAGAGCAACUGAAGACUCAACAGUAAAUCUUGCGGUGGAUUCUCAAACUCUUCGACUGUCUUCAUUAUAAACUAUUGCUGCAGUAUUUACUCAUGAGUUUCUGCUAUUCUGGAGUUAAUCCUAAUGAAGUGUAGUUCAUUAUAAAAGAAUAUGAUUGAUGAAGUGAAGCAUUAAUGUGUCUGAGUGUUUUCUCUUCUAGACUGAUGAAUAAAGUUCUUAUAUUCUCAAUA